UGAAUAUUUUUGUAUCGCGAAGAGUGAACUGGUGGAAUAUUUCGAAUUUCUCUUUUUUAUUCCGAAACAAAUGUUAACAAAAAUAAAUUAUUGAAUAUGUUCCAAGAGUGAAAAAAUAUCACAUUGUAGAUUAAUCUCGUUUGUGUCGAUAAUCAAAGCUUCAACAUGAGUGAAGAUUUCACGCCUCGAAAUUACCAGAUAGAGCUGAUGGAAAUCGGACUGAAAAAAAAUACAAUCAUGUUCCUACCAACAGGAUCAGGCAAAACUUUCAUCUCACUAUUGGUGCUGAAGAACAUGAGCAGAAGUCUUUUGAGAUCUUACGCCAACGGUGGGAAAGUCAGUAUUAUUCUGGUGAACACGGUUGCUCUUGUUGAUCAGCAUCAGAAAUACAUCCUGAAUCGCACAAACUUGACUGUGGGCCAGUACACUGGCGAAAUGAACCUCGACAAUUGGCCUAAAUACAAGUGGCAAGCUGAAUUUGAUAAAUACCAAGUUUUGAUCAUGACAUCGCAGAUCCUUGUCAACUUGUUCAAUAAUAACUUCAUUGAUCUGAAUAAAGUGAAUUUGCUGAUCUUCGACGAAUGUCACAGGGCUGUGAACGAUCAUUCUAUGCGCCAGCUGAUGAAAUUCUUUGAAAACCUGACAGACCCCCCGCGGGUUAUUGGUUUGACAGCUACUUUGCUCAAUGGCAGCUGCAAACCCCAUAAGGUUGUCGAAAAAGUGUUAGCCUUAGAGACGACUUUUCACAGUAAAGUUGCAACAGUUGAUGGGUUGGCUGCAGUCGUGGGCUACUCCACAAACCCCUCAGAACACCUAAAAGUGUGCGACGCCCACAUCCUAGAACCGCACGAACGAAUAGCGACGAACUUCCUGAAGAAAACCGAGACAGUUCUGAACUUCCUGAGAGUAGACGACUCUACGAAAGCCAAACCUCUCGAUUUGAAAGGGCUCCAACCGCUCUCCACGUCUGCAGGUCGCAAAGACCUCUCGAACAUGCUCCAAGACCUCGCGAAGCACAUCGAAACGAUGGGGAGCUACGGGGGGCUCAAAGCAACGGUCUCGUGCUUGAUCCAAGUCGAGCGAAUGAAACAGCACUGCGAAGAGAUUAAUUUCUUCCGAGUUUUGAUGUACGUACAGACCUGUCUGUCGUAUGUCAAGGAGACGCUGUCGAACGCGAUGGUGGAAUUUGAGGAGCGCCAGAAGAUCUUCAAGUUUUCUUCGGAGAAGAUGCUCGCUCUGUUGGAUAUACUCGACGAGUACAAGAGGAAGUCAGAGGAAAAGCUCUGCGCGAUCGUCUUCACGGCGAGGCGGUCCACUGCCAAGGUGAUCUACCACGUUCUGCAAGCUUUGGCCGAGUGCCACGAGGGAUACAAAGAACUGAAGCCGGAGUACAUCGUCGGGUGCAACAACAACCCCCUCAACGACACCAGGGAGAAUCUUUAUGGGGCAAAGAGAAACAAGCGGGUCCUGCAGGCGUUCACAGACAAGGAGAUCAACGUUUUGGUUGCUUCAAACGUUUUAGAGGAAGGCGUGGACAUUCCGAAGUGCACGCUGGUCAUCAAGUACGACAGGCCGGAGGACUAUCGCUCGUACAUUCAGUCGAAAGGACGGGCCAGGCACAGGAAGAGCUUGUAUUACAUCAUGGUGGAGGUGGAAAAUUUGAGGAAUUUCGAGGGAAAGUAUGCGGAGUUCCAGAAAGUGGAGAAGCUGCUCAAUGAGUACUUGAUAGGAAAGAACCAGGAGAGAUCCGAUCCUUCCCGGGAAAACAUCGAAAAAAUGUACAACGAAGCCGAGCUACCGCCUUACUUCGUGAAUGGUUUAGACUCGGCUCAAGUCAAUAUGACGUCGGCGAUUCCUCUUCUCUGUCAGUACUGCAACAGCCUUCCAUCGGAUAUGUAUACUUGUCACACUCCUGAGUGGUACGUGAAAAAAAAUAUUGGGGGCGUCGAAGCUGACGAUAGGUGCAGCGUAGUCAUCAUGUUACCCACAGCAUGUCCCGAACCAGAACUUUUAAAGCCAAUUGAGGGCCCCUUCAUGAAAUCUGUGAAGGUAGCGAAACGAGCAGCUGCUUUGAAAGCUUGUGAAGCCCUGCAUAAAGCCGGCGAAUUGGACGAUCACCUUCAACCGAUAAAGAGGAGGGCGAAAGAAGAAGAUGUCAAGUUCCUCUUCACCCACUACCCGGCUGAACGUGAAAGGGGUGCUGGAAGCGCAAAACGCAGAAGAUUGCAUAAAAGACACAUAACCACUUACAAUCGAGGUCAACUGAAAGAAAACUCGACUUGUUAUCUGCACGUAAUCAACUUUGAGCCUCUUUUUCAACGACCGACUGACCCGAACGACAGCGCCAUCUAUGAUCUAUACUGCUCGAACCUUCAGUACGGAAUCCUCACCCCUUCGCCACUACCAGUGUUGUGCGAUUUCCCCCUGUACACGCCGUUAGGAGAGAUGAAAACCAGUCUCAGAGUUAACCAGAAAAAACUGACUUUCACCAGGGAAGAGAUCGUACAGCUGAGGAAAUUCCAAGCGCUGGUGUUCGGGGAUAUCCUUAAGACUUUACAUCCUUUCGUGGUGUUUGAUAACGGAGAGGAAGUUAGUACCCUGAUAGUGGUUCCCUUGGAAAAGGGAUCCAAGCUAGCAGAGAAUCUGCUUUGGAACGCUGCGGUGAAGAAAGUGGUGGAGCCAACAGAGGAGGAGAAGCUUGAGUUGGCGACCACUCACGAUGAGUUUGUGGGUAAAAUAGUGUCCCCCUGGUAUCGGGAUUCUGCAUACUACUUGGUGACGGAAGUCAGAUCCGAUGAAAACUCCCUCUCGCCAUUUCCCAGCGAGAACUACUCCACCUUCAAGGACUACUUCGAGAAGCAUCGGGAGCUGCGGAUAUCACACCCGGAGGCGCCUCUGCUCACGGUUAGAGGAUUAACUGGGCGCAUGAACUUUCUCAAGCCGAGAGGACACGAAGGUAAGCGUAAACGCGAGCAGUUGCACGAGGGAAGUACGGAACGUCUUCUGACCGAGCUAGUGGUACGUCAGGACUUUCCCGCUGCGUUGUGGAUUCAGGCCAGUCUGCUGCCGAGCGUGAUUUUCAGGAUCGAUUCGCUGCUGCAAGCCGAAGAACUCAGAUGUACAAUCAUCAAAGAGGCAUUCAUCGGCGACUUAGCACACAACAACGCUGUGUUACAAGCAGACAAAAAUCUGCGAGACUAUCGAGCAUUUGCCUACGAUGAAGAAGAACACCCCGACGUUGCUUUGGCGGACAACGUAGUCUCCGGAGCUCCGGAAACCAAAACUCAUUUCAACAGAGACAGGUCAAUGAAAACCUUGGAGGAGAUGUACCCUUGGAAGGACUCUGACGAGCCUAAGGACGUCGAAAAGGAUCUUUCCGCCACGAUCUCCGACGUAGAGCGUUUCGAAGCCUUCGUGGGCACCCGCGUUAGGAACGACGACCGUGUCAAUCAAGAGAAGCCUCUUCAGCAGAAAGAGAUGCGCUUGCAGCGCAAGCGUAUUGAGGAGUUCUCUCACCCGCCCAUCCGGCUGCUAGAAGCUUCUUCCGGACGGAGUCCCGACCUCGCUGAGGUGUACAAGGCGUUAACGACUGCCCAUGUCAACGACUUCGUCAACCUGGAGCGACUCGAGACGUUGGGAGACUCGUUCUUGAAACUCACCGCUUCCGUCUACAUAUCGCAGCGUUUCCCACUCUACGACGAAGGCCGAGCGACAGAUCUCAAAGGACGGCUAGUGAGCAACAAAAAUCUCUACUAUCUGGCCCUCCGCAAGGGUCUGAACGGCCUGAUCAGGUACAACGAGCUGGCCCCGAAGGGAAACUGGGUGCCCCCAGGAUUUUCUGUGCCGCAGGAGAUACGCAAGAGGAUUCAGUGUCGCCAGGUGUCCAUCGAUGUGCUCGACGGCCUUCGUUUCAGUCGCGAGGAACAGGUCACCGGAGUUUUGACGGAAAGUUCGCUGAGGAAUAUUCUGAAUGAGGAUUCGUCCGCUGAAAAUGACGAGGAUCGCUAUGCGAGCCUGGGGCCUUUGUUGGGGAGUCAAUACGUCGGUGAUAAGUAUGUGGCGGAUGUUGUGGAAGCCCUGCUCGGGGCUUGUUUCAGCUGUGCUGGGUUUCGAGGUGGCAUCAAGUUCAUGGAAUGGAUGGGAAUCAUCCCACUGUCCGAAAACUUUGAAAAUUUUUUGAAGCAGGCACCGCAGGAUCCUGUAUUGAAGAAAGAUACUUCUAGCGAAGAUAUCGACUACCACAUACCUCACUGGAGAGAAAUAGAAGAGAUUUUGGGUUACAAUUUCAGGAAUCGGGCAUACUUACUUCAGGCGCUCACCCACGCUUCGUACACGCCCAACAGAAUAACUCGUUCGUACGAGAAGUUGGAGUUUCUCGGAGAUGCAGUACUGGAUUUCCUGAUAACGUGUUACAUCUACGAGAGCUGUGGGAAUCUGAAUCCUGGCCAGAUGACGGAUUUGAGGUCGGCGUUAGUCAACAACAACACGUUCGCCAGCCUGGUAGUCAGAAAUGGCCUCCACAAAUUCUUGCUGAUGAUCAGCUCGAAGUUGCAAGGGCUCAUCGAUAAGUUUGUUUCGCUGAUGGAGAAAAAGGACUACGAAGUGGACGACGAAAUCCUGAUCCUCUUGGAGGACGAGGAAUACCGUCUAGGAGAAACAGUCGACGUUCCUAAAGUUCUUGGAGACAUUUUCGAAGCGAUAGCCGGCGCGAUUUAUUUGGACUGCGACAAAGAUUUGGGCAUCGUCUGGAAGGUAUUUUACAAGUUAAUGCACAAAGAAAUCACCGAGUUCAGCCAAAACGUUCCCAUGAACGUCAUCAGGAGGCUUUUCGAAUGGGACAAGGCUCAUCCCAGAUUUGGGCUCGUACAGUAUAUGUCAAGUCGUAAAUCGAUGAUACCGCUUAGAGUUAUGCUCAACGGCACGCCAAAAACGGUUUAUGGUGUAGGUGCCAACAAAUCCAUGGCGAAGAAGGCGGCCGCAAAGAUGGCGCUGAGGUUUUUGUCCUCCUGAAAGGUUUGUACAAUGUAAGAGACAGACUGGCCUGCUUCAACACCGCAAUUGAGCCUCUGUGGGAAUUUUCUCACUGAGUUUGAAAUGUUCAACUGUGGUACUAAAGUUUAAAAAAAUAGAUAUACUAAACCUAGAGUAUAAAUUUUAAAAUGAAUGUUUGUUAAGGAUAUUGUUUAGAUUUAUAGUAAUAUAACAUUUAAUUAUAA